AUGUCAAGAGGUAACCAAAGAGAAAAGGCUAGAGAAAAGAACCAGAAGAAGCUUCAAGCUCAGAAGAACAAGCAGGAAGGUGAUCCAAGAAAGAGACUUGAGGCCCAGGCUGAGAUUAUGAGAAAGAAACAGGCUGAAGCUGAUGCUAAGAAGGCUGCUGCCGGUAAAGCUUGA